AUGUCUGCAAUUACAACAUUAAAUCCCAAAGCUGAAAGUGCUCGUCAAGCACAAGCUUUAGCUAUCAACAUCUCAGCUGCUCGUGGUCUUGCUGAAAUGCUCAAAACAAACUUAGGUCCAAAAGGAACAAUGAAGAUGCUCGUAUCAGGUGCAGGUGAUAUCAAAAUAACCAAAGACGGAAACACACUUCUUCAUGAAAUGCAAGUACAACAUCCAACAGCAUCGCUGAUUGCUCGUGCAGCAACCGCACAGGAUGACAUUACAGGCGAUGGCACUACUUCGAUCGUACUUUUAAUUGGUGAACUCCUCAAGCAAGCUGAUCUUUAUAUUACUGAAGGCCUUCACCCACGUAUUGUUGGAGAAGGUUUUGAACUAGCCAAGAAAGAAGCUUUGCAAAUACUCGAUCAAAUGAAGAUUCCUAUUCAACAAGACCGCGAAACGCUUAUUCAAAUAGCACGUACAUCAUUACGUACGAAACUAUCUGUUGACAAUGCUGACAUUCUCACUGAUAUUAUCGUUGAUGCAGUCCUGGCUUUGUAUGAGCCUGGUAAACCGGUUGAUUUGAAUAUGGUUGAAGUUAUGGAAAUGCAACAUCGAACUGAAGCGGAUUCCCGACUUGUGCGUGGUAUCGUUCUUGAUCAUGGCGGUCGACAUCCAUCCAUGCCAAAAGCACUGAAAAACGCUUAUAUUCUUACAUGUAACGUCUCGCUUGAAUAUGAAAAAACAGAAGUCAAUGCUGGUUUCUUCUACAAGAACGCUGAAGAACGAGAUCGUCUCGUUGCCUCCGAACGUAAAUUUAUCGAUGAUCGUGUUCAAAAAAUAGUUGAAUUAAAACGAAAAGUUUGCUCGGGCGAUGACAAAAAUAAAACAUUCGUUGUUAUUAAUCAAAAAGGCAUUGACCCAUUUUCAUUGGAUGUCUUAGCUAAAGAAGGAAUCUUAGCCUUACGACGAGCGAAACGUCGAAACAUGGAACGCUUAACCUUAGCUUGCGGUGGUGAAGCCAUGAAUUCGGUCGAAAGCUUAACAAAAGAAUGUCUUGGUUUCGCUGAAGACGUCUAUGAACAUGUUUUAGGCGAAGAAAAAUUCACAUUCAUCGAAGGCUGUAAGAAUCCCAAAUCAGUCACUGUCUUACUCAAAGGUUCAACAAAAUAUAUACUAAAUCAACUCAAAGAUGCUCUUCGUGACGGUCUUCGAUCCAUUACAAAUGCUCUUGAAGAUGGUAGUGUCAUUCCCGGUGGUGGUGCUUUCGAGAUCGUUGCUCACCAUGCACUUACACAGUACAAGGAUCAAGUGAAAGGACGAGCUCGAUUAGGUGUUCAAGCUUUCGCGGAAGCUUUAUUAGUUAUUCCAAAGGCACUCGCUCAAAAUGCUGGACAUGAUCAACAAGAAACAAUGGUUAAACUUCAACAAGAAUAUGCAACAUCAAAACUUCCCGUUGGUAUCGAUGUUGCUACCGGUGAGGCAAUGGAACCGAAAUCCUUAGGUAUUUUCGACAACUAUCGUGUCAAAAAACAAUUAAUUCACUCAAGUACAUCAAUCGCAACAAAUUUGAUACUUGUCGAUGAAAUUCUUCGUGCUGGUUUAUCAUCGUUACGUCCGGGUGGACAAUAA